UUGUUGAUUAAGUUUCAUGAGAAUGAUAAUUACAGUAAAGUUAAUCACAGAGUAAUACAAGGAUUAAUAAUAUAUUUUCUUGGAAAUGGAUUAAUCUCAAUGGAGGGGACUCAAUUUAGAAUCAGUGUUCUAGUCAUUAAAUUAGUUCCCAUAAUAUAAAUACCUAAUUGUAACAUUGGGUUAGAUUGUAAUAAGAGUUUAGUUCACUACAAUUAUCAAAUUUUGUUUUAUAAAAUUUAAAGUGAAACAUUAUUACAUUUGAAAUGUCGGAAAACAAUCAACAAUCAAAUAGUGAUCAAGAUCGUCCAUUGAAAGUUUUUAUUACUGCAAUGUUAGCUACUGGUCAUUUUAAUUCUUGUCUUGGUAUCGGGUCACUUUUAAAGAAACGUGGACAUGAUAUUUACUUUGCUCAUCUACCCAAGAAUCAAUCGAUUAUUGAACAACAAGGGAUGAAGUUCAUUAAUUUACUUGAUUGCUCAAGUGAAAUUGUUCCUUAUGAUGAUCUUAUGAUGGGCUUUAUCAAGAAUCAAUUCCAGGACGCUCUUAAGUUUAAUGCCCUCGAGCAAAUGAAACCGAAAAAGACUGAAGAAGAAGACCUCAAGUUUUUCUACAAGAUCCAAGAAACGACCAUAAAAGAAAGUGAAGUGAUCAUCAAACUAGUGAAUGAACUGAAACCCGAUGUUUGUAUUGCUGAUUAUGGGGCUUCAGUUCCUUGGAUACAAGUUGUUGAUGUUCCGACUAUCCAUGUGAUGUCAAUUGCACCGAUAGAGCUUUAUGAUGGUCCACCGCCAGGUUCUGGUUAUUCAGUUAAUGACAAGCGAGAACUUUGGGGAGAAUUUCAAAAUCUAAAAAAUGAACAAAUGGAAAAAACGGUACUUGGUUUUACAAAAAUAUUCGAAUCUUUCGGUGUUAAGUAUGCAAAGUAUGAUAGUCCACAAUAUUUGGGUAUCUACAUUUACCCCAAGCCUUUGGACUAUAAAGAAUUGGGUCAACCUAAACCUCGAUGGAUGAGACUUGAUUCAGCGGUUCGAUCACGAGAGACAAGUGAUUUUAUUAUUCCUGAGAAAUUAGCAAACAAACCAGGAAAACUAAUCUAUCUCUCAAUGGGAACGGUUGUCUCUACGAAUCCCGAUGCUAUGAAUAUGAUAAUAGAACCUUUGUCCAAAUCACCACAUCGAUUUAUAAUCUCUACCGGAAGAAAUGGAGAUCAAGUCAAAUUAUACGACAAUAUGUGGGGUGAUAAGUUUGUCAAUCAAAUCGCCAUCUUACCUCACGUCGAUCUGUUCAUCACUCAUGCAGGAUCAAAUUCGCUUAUUGAAGGUCUAGUAGCGGCAAAACCUCUGAUUGCGAUUCCAGUAUUUGGUGACCAGUUAGACAAUGGACAACGCGUAGUUGAUCUUGGACUAGGAGCUAAAAUCAACCUGUGGGAGUUUGAUGGAGACAAAUUCCUCGAAACUAUUGAAAAUGUAUUGACCGAUGAAAAAAUUCAUGAAAAUGUCGCAAAAAUAUCAGAAGAAAUUAAAAAGUCAGACUCAACGGCUAAAGUUUGUGAAACUAUUGAGCUAAUCGCCAGAACUAAACAACCUCUCAUAUAAUUAUGAAUUAGCGUCUUUGUACCAACAAUCAGUCUGCUGUAAAUUGUUAAUAACAACUUGUUAUUGAUUCAAUAACACAUUAAACUUCAUCAUCGUCAUCAAUAAAAU